AUGUCUUCAAUACAAAGAGAUCUAGACAACUGGCUUCACGCUAAACUAGACGAUCCCUGGGGUGGUGAAAGUAUUUCGAACAUUCUCUCGGCCGAGCAGCUGAGCGAGAUUGCCGCGAGAUUCACAAGCUUUGAAACACAGAUUAAGGUUAAAAUUCUAUUGG